AUGAAACGAUCUCAAGAUGUACGACGGCGGACCGCCAGCGCCUCAUCUGCGACAUCCACGUCCACUGCCAGCAUCGGUGCAGCGCCGUCGGCGGCGGUGGCGCCCACGAAGCCCAUCGAGGGGCGCGGCGGCAAUAUCACGCCGCGGCAAAAGCAGCGCGCCGCCCUGCGCAUUUCCGUUCAACAACAAGGCAGGGACACUGAUGACACCAAUAGCACGCGGACCGAAGAAAACACUGUGUCGAGCAGCGGUGUGACGGUGACGAGCGGUCCCAGCAACGGCGCAGCGGACUUACAACAGGUGGAUCGACACGGAGAAGAUGGUCGCCACGCUGCGGUGGUGCAGGGGGUCACCUCCAGCGGUGCAACGCCGCCGUCCGCGUCCAGUACCGUGACACGAACACUUAGUUCCGGUGCCAGAAAAACUGCUUGUACAUCUGGAAACGCUGCGGCUGCUGUCCCUUCCGCGACACCUGCCCACAGCACAGCACUUGCUGUUCAACCUGUCAAGCCAAUACCCCGUGACAACGCCUCGCCCGCUGCCCCACGUAGCCUCACGGUGGGCACGACGCUCACGACACCCCCGCCGGCCGCUUCGAUCAGCGUCUCCGCGAAACCGGCCGGCAGCUCGCGUGGUGUAGAGGCGACAGACGGUUGGACACCGCGCCGAAAUAGCAGCACCGUCACGCAGGACGUCCACUCCAGCCCCACGUCGGGCCCUUCGCCGAUGUCCGUAGCGUCUCCGUUGCGGCAGUGCUCAGCGCGGCGCCGUGACAGCGGCGUCAACGCCAGUCUGAGCUCGUCCCGUAGUCAAACAACGCAGGCGAGUUGGCGGCUGGACGUCCCAUCUGUCGUGAAGGUCGCGCCGCGGCUACGACCGGGCCCUCCGUCUCCCCUGGAGCAGCAGCUGCUCGACGAGGGCUAUUAUUUGGUGUCGGACGGCAGCGUCAACUCUAGCUUUUCCGACACCCCGCGGUCUGCCCGCCCCGCCUCGCUCGGCAGCACGUCGUCACGACAGACGUCCAUGCGGGUGCUGGACCUUAACACAGGGAGUCGGGCCGCGGCUAUCUCCGCAGGCGCGGUACCACCACCACCACCUAUUUACGGCGCAGGAACUCCACAUCAAGCGGUUCGACAGGAAAGUGGCAGUGGGCCCGGUGGCGGUGUUGGCACCAGUUCUAGCAGCGAGGGCAGCAGCAGCAGCGGCCGCAGCGAGGUCAACGUAUACGAGGAAGACGACGGCGACGUCCAUUACGACGAGGAGGAUGAGGAGCAGGCCGUGCUGACGUACAUGGACUCCGGUGCGGAGGUGAGCUUCCGGCAACGACGCUCCGGGUCCGGCCGAUUGCCUUCUCCGCUCACGCUCCGGCGGUCCAACGGGAGCGUCGUCGACGCCGUGAACAGUGGUGCCGGUGCUGGUGAAGACGGAGACGAGCCACAUCGCAGCGAUGAUAGCGGCCCUCCCAGUCGCCUCUCUGUCAGCUCACCACCGCGGUUGUAUCGCCGCGGGACGUCAUCGCUGCGGAACCACUCCCCGACCCAGGAGCCGCGACUGCCCACGUACAUACGGACGAAGUCGACUGCAGGUGGUGGUAAUGGCGGUGAGAUGAACACGCCGCCGCAGGCAUCUCCCGUGUUUUCCGCUAAGCCGGCGCCUGCACCACCACCGCCAAUGUCGGCCGGUGCGUCGCUGACAUCACUUUCCCGUCAGCCCUCGUCACGCCGCAGUCCGCACAACCGACCUGCGAGCCAGUCGCCGGUGCAAACGUCGCCGCUGAACCCGUUCUCGCUCUCACCGUACGGCGCCGCCGCGUCUGCAGACGAGGAGACGUGCGAGCGGCAGUGCAAGCUUCUCAGCCUGCACGAAGCGUUUUUCUUCAAUCAAAGUCGAAGAUUUUGGCUCGUGGACGACCAGGUGCUCGCCAAGGUGCUGGAGUACGUGCGAUUGAUGGGGUAUGAACACCCCGCCCUAAAGCGCGAUCGCAGCAAAGGCCAGCCGUCUCUCUGGAGCAGCAGCAGCGCCAUUAGCUCACCUAUUGCUCCUGGAAAACUGAAGAAGAAGUCUGCUGCUACGCCCGCUGCUGCCGCGCCGCUGAACGCGUCGAAAGAGCUGAACGGGGAGGCCAUUCCAAACCCGCAGACCUCGCCGUCCGCCGCGGCGGCAGCGCUGGCAGAUGCGGUGUCGCAGUCAAACCCCGCUGCCGGAGGCGCCGUCGACGGUGGUGCCAAGGACGCCAACGUGAACAACCCCAACGCCUUCCUGGGAAAGCAGUACCACCUAAAAUCGGUCAAACCGAAGUGCGCGGGCCAGUACGCCAACACCACCUCCACCUCCGCCACCCAUCUCUUUCUCACCUUCAACGAGGCGCUGCGGUGGGUUGUGGAGCAGGAGUACGUGAUCGGCGCCGUACUGAUGUGCUGUGCGCGCUUCAUUGGCGAUGCGGAGGCCGACGGCGCCGCCAUCAUCGGGGACGGCACGGCGGACGGUGCAGCGUGGCACCCGCGGCGUGCGAUGCUGCAGCGCGGUAAGCCGUGCAUCCCCGUGCGGCUGCACCCCAUCCACUUCGUCGCGUCGCUCGUGCUGACGCACUACCCGCAGUGGGGCGGCAUGACCGCCUUCAUGCGUAUCUGGGAGACACAGAUUGGCCUCGUCCUGGGCAGCGCCUCCUCGCCGCACCAGCGCGUCUUCAAGUGCCCAGACGACGGGCUGAUUUUGAGCUCCGACCUGGAUGCGGGCAAUCUGCACCGGGUCGAGCGGGCGCCUGAGCCGUACUUCUUUUUGAUCUGGCUGGAGCCCGACAAGGGGAGCGACAAGCGCAUUUGGUUUCGCUUUUCCGUUGCGGGUGCCACGGAGGGCCGCACCCUGCGCUUCCGUCUCAUGAACGCCGCCCCUCACGCGAAGCUCUAUCGACAAAACGGGAUGAUGCCGGUGUGGCGCGAUGGACUGAGUCAGGUGAACUGGGGCCCGGUGGACUCCUGCACCUUCCGCACCACCAACCACGACCUUGACGGCGAGGUGUGCUUUUCGAUUCUGGUGAAGAACUCUACCGAAACGAUCCAGAUCGCCUUUUGCGCCCCGUACAGUUACGCGGACCUUCUCUGUCACGUGUGCCACUGGCACUCCCUCGUGAAGAACAGCGGGUGCGACAUGCGUUUCGAGGAGCGGGUGCUCUGCCGCAGCCCGGAAGGGCGUAAGCUGCACUUGCUGAUCAUCACGAGCCGCACAGGCGGGCCGCCAAAGUCGAGUCGCGAAAAUAAUCAAAAAGUCAAGGGCGGCGGCAGCAGCGGGGCAGCAGGAAAUGCCAACGCACAGCAAGGCAGUGGAACUGCUGGUGGUGGUGGUGCCGCGGGAGCGGCGGGGAGUGCACUGAGUGCUGGCAAUAGCAACGGAACUACCGGCGCCGCCGCGUCUAACCUGAUCAGCUCCCCCUCGACCAGCUCCGCAAACAAGACAAAGAGCGCCGCCGCCGCCGAAGCUGUCCACGGCCCCUACUCGAACUUCUCCUCCGGCAAGAAAGUUAUCUUGGUGAGCGGACGCGUGCACCCGGGCGAGGUCACCGCCUCCCACGGCGUGCACGGCCUCAUCUCCUUCCUACUCUCCAGCGACCCACGAGCCAUCCUGCUGCGGGAACACUUCAUCUUCUUCAUUGUGCCGAUGCUGAACCCGGACGGCGUGAGCCGCGGGCACUCACGGCUCGACCAGUUCGGCAACAACCUCAAUCGAUGCUACAACGACCCGGACCCCGAGACGCAGCCAACUGUGCUCGCCCUGCGUUGCGUCUUUGAGCAUUUGCAACGCACCUACCGUGAGCGCUUCAUCAUGUACCUCGACUUCCACUCCCACGCCUCGCAAUCUAGUGGGUUCAUGUUUGGCAACAACCUCCCGGUCCGCGUGCAGCACUGGAAUGUCUUUUUCCCACGGCUGGUGGAGCUGCACGCGCGGCACGUCUUCUCGUUUGACUUGUCCCGCUUUGGACGGGUGCACAUGACCAGCAAAGACGGCGCGUCCCGCGUGCUCUUCGGCAGCAGUUUGAUCCACAGCUACACGGUCGAGCUGACGCACUUCACUGACCGCCGCCUUUACGCCGAUGACUUCGCCGCGAUGAACAACGGCAGUGCGGUCCUGUUGGAGGUGACGUGGCCGCCGCUGCAUCCCGCACCCGGGCCGUCGAUCGACAACGGCGUGGAGGAGGCUGAGAACAGCAAAGGCGGGUCACGCAGCGUCAACAGCGCGUCCCCGCCAGCGCGAGCUGCGCCGUCGGGCCUUGACGGAUGCGGUGGGCAGCGUACGAAUUCCUCUGCUGUGCGCUCCGGCAAGUCUCAGUCGUUGAGUAUGGCAGGUGCGCGCCAACGCGCGGCCUCUGCCGUUGCUGGAGCGAAACACAGUACUGCGGCGGCGGCUACAAAUGGUAAAGGCGAGGCAGUCGCAGCACGAAAACGUGGGACGUCGGUCGGUGUUAGCAAACGCGUGGCCAGUGGACGAAGCCGCGAUACCGCCAGCACCUCUGCCUCGUCGCUCCGACUUCUCCGCAGCGGCCCUUUGCUUCAGCCCGUCUCCAGUCCCAGUGUUCUCUGCCAGAGUGCGGAAGUGGGCAAGGCGUGCUUGCUGGCCCUGCUGGAUUACUGCUCCAUUGGACGACAGUCGGAUGAACUGAGCGCGUUUGGUGGCAUGAGUCGCGUCCUACGCGAUGUAAAGCGGCGGAUGAAGGCAUCUGCACCGUCGUCGCCACGAAAGCCGAAGAAGUCGCAGGCUGCCGCGACCUACGCUGGAAUCCAGCCUAUUUACAAGCAAUACUAG